CGGGUCGCAACCCGGCCGAUCUUGGGACGCCCAGGCCUUGACUUGACAAACACUCCGCCGGGAUCUUGCGAUGUCGGGAGCAGUGUAACUAUAUCUGGCCCGCUUGCCUGUUUUUUCCAGAGUCCCGAUAGCCGAUUGAUGUUGCGGCAAUCUUCUACCCCCAGCUCGCAAGCUCACUUGUACCCACGGCCUGUGGCAAGCCACCAGAAACCAAGUAACUCGACAAAAUGGGCAGCGCGACCCCGACUUCCGAAGAGCUUGGCGAGCUCACGUAUCAGCUCGAUCGUGCCAACGUCUUCCACUCAUGGAGUGCUCAAGCAACACUCAACCCGCUGCCCAUUGCAGGAGCAUCAGGCAGUGAGGUCUGGGACUACUCGGGGAAGCGAUACCUUGACUUCUCCUGCCAGCUUGUGUACACGAAUAUCGGACAUGGCCACCCCAAGGUCGUCGCCGCGAUCCAAAAGCAAGCAGAGACACUGGCCACGAUAGCACCCGCACACGCCAACCUCGCUCGUGGCAAGGCUGCUGAGUUGAUACUCAAGCAUGCCAAUGGGCUUCAUCCUGAGGACAAGUUCUUCCACAAAGUCUUCUUUACCAACGGCGGAGCUGACGCCAACGAGAACGCCAUCCGCAUGGCCAGGUUGACGACUGGCAGGGACACGGUGCUCUCCACCUACCGUAGCUACCACGGGAGCACCGGGUCCGCAAUCUGUGCGACUGGUGAUUUCCGACGCGUGCCAAACCAGUUCGCUCGCGGCCACACCCACUUCUUCGGCCCCUACCCUUACAGGUCCGAGUUUUGGUCGACUUCGCCGGAGCAGGAGACAGAGCGGGCACUGCACCACCUACGGAGGGUCAUCGAGUGCGAGGGUCCAGCAUCCAUCGCGGCCAUCAUCCUGGAGACGAUCUCCGGCACGGCGGGUGUCAUCGUUCCGCCACCCGGGUGGCUUGCUGGGGUGCGGAGGCUUUGCGAUGAGUUUGGCAUCGUCAUGAUAUGUGAUGAGGUGAUGGCUGGGUUUGGCCGCACCGGUGACUGGUUUGCGUGGCAGAAUAAAGAGCUCAACCCGGAGGGCGUCACGCCUGAUCUGAUCACCUUCGCGAAGGGUGUCAACGGUGGCUACGUUCCUGCUGGAGGUGUCAUCAUCUCCCAAGCCAUAUCGCACGCCUUUGAUGAGCGUGUAUACCUAGGAGGCCUGACCUACUCGGGACACCCGCUGGCCAUGGCAGCCAUCGUCGCCACAAUCGAGGCCCAGGAGGAGGAGCGGAUACUCGAGCACGCGACUGUUAUCGGAAAGGAUGUCCUAGGCCCUGGUCUGCGGAAGCUCGCAGAGAAGUACCGCAUAAUUGGAGAUGUGAGAGGCCUCGGUGUGUUCUGGGCGCUGGACCUCGUGUCAGACCCUGUCAGCAAGCAACCAGUGGCGGGGAGUGUGAUCGCAAAGAUCAAGGAUGAGUGUCAGAAGAGGGGCUUGAUUUCAUUCUUUGUGGAGAACCGAGUCCACGUCGUGCCCCCGGCGAACAUUUCCAAGCAGGAUGCCGAGAAGGCACUGGCGAUUUAUGAUGCGGCUUUUUCUGCGAUAGAGGCGAGCAUGUAAGACUCGAGCAGAAGUGCAAAUAAGGGUGAGAAAGUCUGAAGAGUUUGUUUUGGACUUAUGAGGUUGCGCAAUAUCUCUCCAGCGGUACUAUGAUAAUAUUUAAUCUUGCACCAGAACCCCUUUCUUUUCUGGCACUGGCGGGACAGUAAUCUAAGUAACCCUUCAGGGCUCGACCCACUGCUUUGCAAUACUAUGUGUCGCUUGGGAGCCCAUCUCUGUCCGGUCUCCUGCAAUUUUUCUCCCCCGCACCAUUUGAGUUAUAGUGUUGUUUCUAUCUUACAGGCAACGUGACCAAAGAUAAAUAGGAGUUUGUGAAAUGAAAUACUUUCGCCCUUCUAGGCCCAUGGUCCUCACCUCCUUUUCCUUGCUUCAAGUAUAGCGUCCAUGUUAUAUGCCCUAGGGUAAUUGAUUAUUUACUUCGUAUAACUGCAUGAAUCCUUUAAAAGACACGACAGCCAAAUGACACGACAGAAGUUCACCGAGAACCUUCUGCCAUGAGAAAUCACCACUGCACUAACAGGCAAAACAAUCGUGCAACCGGUGUGGAUGUAUGGCAUUAAAAGGUUCUGUGAUAUCGUAAUCCUGUCGGGGACAGCUUCGCCGUCGCAACAGGGACAUGUCCGCCGGUCGUAGUCGGCGAGGUAUAGUUGUCAUAACACAUCGCGCCAAUUUUGCACCAGCACGAACCAUAGCACUGCUCGCAAAACUCGUCUGUCUCGGACGGCGGCGUGAGCUUGACCCAGUCACAUGAAGAGCUCUCACGGCGGCAAUAGAGACAUUUGUUUGUGCAUUCGGUGAGGUCGAGGGGUGAGUCGCAGCCUUGAUCACAUGUCAGACCGCAGGACUUGCAGCUCGGGUCGCAUGCUGGCCAUUGAGAGCUGGCUGGAAAGACGAAGAAUGCGAGCGGGAGGAAUAUCGAGGUACGCGGAAGCAUCUUGUGAAUAGUGGGAUGUGACUUUCAAAAGGCUUUCUUUGAAGUCGAUGCGCUUGCGGGCUCACAGUUUUAC